AUGGGGGGCGGAGCGUCAUCUGCUGCCGCAGAACAGAUGGAGGAGAUGAUCGCCUACUCUACGCUCUUGAGCAAGACCAUUACGUGCAUGACUUUUCCAGGCAUGCACAGCAUCAAGGACUUCAACUUGCUCCCGAAGAAGGACAGUGGUGCCAGCAUGCUCAAGAAACGUGAAGAGAGCGGUCGAAGCACGGCCGCCACCGACAGCUUCAGCCGCACCAGCAGCGGCAGCGAGGGCCCACCCCCGCUGCUCGACCCCGAGUUGGAGGAUAAGUUCACUGUGGUGGUGGACGGGGAAGUCGUUGUACUUGACGACGUCACGCAACAGCAGAAUGAGGACGGAUGGACGCCCCUCCACGCGUGCUGCCACAGCGCCACAACGGCCGCGAUCGGCCUCAGGAUUCUGGAGGAAGUGGUGGCCAUGGGCGGAGAUCUGAACCUAAGGACAAAGAGGGGUCCAGGCAACUUCAACUCGGGCUUCACUCCACUGCACAUGGCCUGUGCGUACGGCGUGAAGGAGCUUGUGGAGGCGCUCAUCAAGGCCGGCGCCGACCCCAACUGCCGGAACGACUUCGACUGGGGACCCCUGCUGAGCCUGGUCCGGUGAGAACCCGGCGUGCUCCGUCCCGGCUUUGUAGGGAUGCGAGGUCAAUG